GCCGCUGUUUUCGGUGAGCGAGCCGAGAGCGCCGAGGAGGAGGAGAAGGAGGAGGAGGAGGAGGGCUGCUGCUGCUGUGUGGCGGAGCAGCGGCAGCGGCAGCACCUUUGACGUGCCCGUCCCCCACGUGACGGCCGCUCCAUUGCGGGGAGGGAGCUGAGCCGCCGCCGCUCCGGCAGCGCACGGGAGAGCCGCAGCCUCGGCGGCGGCGGCAGCAGCGGCGGCAGCAGCAGCAGCAGCGCCUCCGCCCGCAGUGCGUGUGUGUGUGUGCGUGUGUGUGAUGAGCGAUCGCCGCGUCCCUCCGCCCGCCGCCGGCUGACACCCACCGCGCGGGGCGCGCCAGGAGCAGCAGGAGGAGGCAGGAGCCGCGGCCACCGCGCAGUGACCUUGGCCCAGGAGUGCAACAUCCAAAAGCGGAUCAAAUUUGUGGGACAUGGCACAAGGAAAUAAUUAUGGACAAAGCAGCAACGGGGUGGCUGAUGAAUCCCCAAACAUGCUGGUGUACAGAAAGAUGGAAGAUGUCAUAGCCCGCAUGCAAGAUGAGAAAAAUGGGAUUCCUAUUCGCACAGUGAAAAGUUUUCUUUCCAAGAUCCCCAGUGUCUUUUCUGGUUCAGACAUUGUUCAAUGGUUAACGAAGAACUUAUCUAUAGAAGACCCAGUGGAAGCUCUACAUUUAGGAACACUGAUGGCAGCACAUGGCUAUUUCUUUCCAAUCUCAGACCAUGUUCUAACACUGAAGGAUGAUGGCACCUUUUAUCGAUUCCAGACACCCUAUUUUUGGCCAUCUAAUUGUUGGGAGCCGGAAAACACAGACUAUGCUGUUUACCUCUGCAAGCGGACAAUGCAAAACAAAGCAAGGCUAGAGCUAGCAGACUAUGAAGCUGAGAGUUUGGCCAGGCUACAGCGAGCAUUUGCUCGGAAAUGGGAGUUUAUUUUUAUGCAAGCUGAAGCACAAGCAAAGGUUGACAAGAAGAGAGACAAGAUAGAGAGGAAGAUUCUUGACAGCCAGGAGCGAGCAUUCUGGGAUGUGCACCGUCCAGUGCCUGGAUGUGUAAACACUACUGAAGUGGAUAUAAAAAAAUCUUCAAGAAUGAGAAAUCCACAUAAAACAAGAAAGUCUGUCUAUGGCUUACAAAAUGACAUUCGAAGUCACAGCCCUACCCACACGCCAGUACCAGAGACUAAGCCACCCACAGAAGAUGAACUACACCAAGAGAUUAAGCACUGGCAAAUGCAAUUAGACAGACAUAGAUUAAAAAUGUCAAAAGUUGCAGAGAGUCUAUUAGCUUAUACAGAGCAGUAUUUGGAAUACGAUCCUUUUCUUGUGCCCCCUGAUCCAUCAAACCCUUGGAUAUCAGAUGACACCACUUUCUGGGAACUGGAGGCAAGCAAAGAGCCAGGACAGCAGAGGGUGAAACGAUGGGGGUUUGGCAUGGAUGAAGCUUUGAAAGACGCUGUGGGAAGAGAGCAGUUUCUGAAAUUCUUGGAGUCAGAAUUCAGUUCAGAAAAUUUAAGGUUCUGGUUAGCAGUAGAAGACCUGAAGAAGAGGCCUAUCCGUGAAGUCCCUGCUCGUGUCCAAGAAAUCUGGCAAGAAUUUCUUGCUCCGGGUGCACCCAGCGCUAUCAAUCUAGAUUCAAAAAGUUAUGACAAAACCACUCAGAAUGUGAAGGACCCUGGAAGAUACACAUUUGAGGAUGCUCAGGAGCACAUUUACAAACUGAUGAAAAGUGAUUCUUAUCCUCGUUUUAUACGAUCCAGUGCCUACCAGGAGCUGCUACAGGCCAAGAAAAAGUUGGAAAACACUCUGGAUCGUCGAACAUCUUUUGAGAAAUUCACACGCAAUGUGGGCAGAAACAUCCCAAUUUUCCCAUGCCAUAAAAACUGUACACCAACACUGAGGGCGAGCACUAACCUGUUAUGAAAAGAGGUAAAGGCUUCCUGUAAUAUGCUUUGAAUCCACUGUAAUCAGGAAGAAAUUUGGAUUCAAUGGGACAAAGUCAGUAAAGGACACUAAAAGUAAAUAAACAGCCACAAAGGAAACUAUCCCAGUGUUUGAAACAAAAACCCCUAUGUUUUGCAUGGUGGUGUUGCCAUAGCAUGUUGCAGUGUGAUUUGUGUGUUGUCUCAGCAGGUUGGAUCUAUAAAACAAGAUUGUACAUGAUAACUUUAUCCAUAAUUCCACUAUAAUUCUGUAGGAAGUUCCAUAUUAAUAAAAAGUCUAUAAAAAAGAGUGCAGAGAGUGGGUAAUACAUCCAGGAUCUCUGAGAGCCAGACUUUUUCCCAGUCAUGGUGCCUGGCAAGCUGCAAUGCUACAUUUAUUCACGGCAUUUUGAACAGCCCACAGGUCAGGAGUUGGCUAUGGUAAAGAUUAUGUGAACAGGUGGCUAUGAGGAGAGAAAUGGCAAGCUGCAGAUAGAUGGGAGGAGAAUACAGCACAAAGAGAGAAAAAGUGAAGACAGACUGGAGACACUGAAAUCACUCCCAGAGCACUGUUGUGCAGUUCUGGGCACAAAUAUGGGAGCAUUGUGCCCUGCAUCCAUGCCCAGUUUUCACUGUGCUAAUCUCAGGGCAGAAGUACCAGAAUAGCAGGAUGCCAGAAACGCAAAGCAGGCCCAGUAAACCAGCUGUGAACUACAAAUGAGAAUGAGGAUUUCUGGAUAAGAAGCAUUAGUACUUCAGUAGAAGAGGGAGACUUUUUUUUUUUUUUCCACAGAGCAAUCUGUAAAAUAAAAUCUGUGGUUUUGCUGCCUUUUAGUCUGUCAAGUCAGGUCAGGUAUGAAAGAAAAACAUGUCUCUAUUGGAUCUAUUCAGAUGACUGAAUUCAUGUUACCCACUUCCUCAGGACCCCUUGCCACAAGGCAUCCUUGUUCUUCCACUCUUGUUCUUGGCUGUGAUGAGUUUAUAAUAUGUAAUUAUCUACGUUGGUACACUGGUUCCAACUAGCAGGGAUGAGGGAAACAUUUCUCAGAAUAUCCUACAGUGUGCUGAUUAACUUGCUCAACUGUGAAGCGAGGGACUGACUGUAGAAUAGAUCUGUUCUACAGAACAUAGUGUGAAAUAGGUCUUCUACAACCUAGAUAAAUGCUGUCAUCUCUGAAUGAUUUAGUAAGAUGAAAUUUACAGUUUCUCUUCUCCUCUGAUGGUUUACAAUAUUUAGAUUAAUUUUCACUGGAUUUUUUGUCACUUAUAUCAAAGUGGAUUUGGAUUGAACUAAAUUAGACCUCAGUUUUUUCCGUUUGAAAUGUUUAAAAAACCCCAGUAGCCUUGGUUGUGUCUAGGGACUCAAUCUGAGAAGAUGGCCAUGUAAUUCAUAACCUGAUUUGUUAAGAUGGUGACUCUAAGAGGCUCCUGAUCAAUGUUAAUUGAAAUUGGGUUAUACUUGCUACAGAAAGAAUUUGUUAAACUAGAAACUUUGUAAGGGCAAUUACACUGUACUAUUUCAUUAAUUAUGUGGAAAUAACCUAUUAUAAUGAGUCACUAUUCUAGUCUGAUGGGGAAAAAAUAGAAGUGAUCUAUAUAAACAAAUCUAUAUAAACAAAAACACUAGGCUCAGCUCUGUAUCUCUUUGACAUUAAAGAGUUUUUUUUCCAGAAAACUUUCAAUAAGUUGGGGCACUUCACGAAAGCCCUAAAUGCUCAGCUUAAAAACACUAUUUAUCUUGCUCUGUGGAUUUUAUCAUGCAAAAUUGCUAGUGCCUUCAGCAUAGUGCAACAAACAGUAUGAAUGGUGUUAGAAACAGGACUGCAUUCACAUAAAUAUACAGAAGCAAUAGCAAACUGGCAUUUGCAACAUGUAAUUUUUACUACCGAACACUUUAUAUUUUGCAUCCGAGUAGUAACCCCAGCUAUUCUUGGUUUGCCUCAUUUCCUCACGCUCCUGGGUAUUGUGUGAAAAUAUAGAACACAUACACUUCAGCACUACUGGAAUGAAGCUGUUAGAUAAGUGCAUUGCCUUGGAGUAACACUGGCAACCACAGGUGUCACAGCUCUGAGUCUGAGGCACAGAGAGCAGUGACAGUGUGCACUGUGCUUUCCCCCCCCCCCCAUCUAGAUCAGCCCCUCAGCUUCCUCUUUGAGAAUAAUAAAGGUCCAGUCACCUGCAGUUCCCCAAGAGAAGCUAAAGGUCUAUGUCAGGGAGCAGGAGGGUCUCAUCACAUGCUAUAUCAGUAGAGAGACAGAAAUCAACUGUUUCUGUGGUGUUUAAAAACUGAAAUUCUUUCAAGGAAUUCACAUGGAGAAAAAAUAUAUAUAUAUAAAAAAAAAAGAAAUUAAAAAGCCCAGCAAACUUGCUCUACCUCAAGUACUAAUAUCUGCAUUACAGGGGAAUAUACACUGGUAAUGUUGAUGGGAACAAAGAGGUCUUUUAAGGAACAAUUAAGGAACAAUUUUGUGAACAAUUUCUCAUGUGUGCAAGACUUGUGACAGAGGCAGACUGAGCAAGACAACUUUGUGAGCCCUAGCCUGGUGCUUAACUCUGAUUAUCUGUCUGGAACCCUUGAAACAAAGGGAACUGAUUUACAGGAGAGUGGGCUAAUUUAAUUUCCACUCCAUCCAAAUUUUAUUGUCCCACCAGGAACAAAGUUAAUGGGGUGAGAAGUUGUAGCCUCUCUCCUUAGAGCUGCCUGGGGGGAGAUACAAAACAGACCAAACAGUUCAUAUAUUAAACUAGAGACCCAUUGAACUAUAGAUAUCUCCACUCAUAACCUCAUAAACAAGGCCCCAUUUAAUAAUUCCGACUUUAAACCCAUUAUAUCUUACAUUACACAUACCCUUUCCAGCUGUCUUCUUCCACUUACCUGGAAGAACUUGCUGAUCAGAGUCCUUUCAUUUUUUCCUCCUCCAAACAAGUAACAACAGACUAUUUAAUGCAAGUGAUGCAAAAUGCCAAGUUCAUUGAACAGAGCACAUUGACAUUUUCACAGAAUCCAAUGUGUCUUAACAUGACACAGUGAAAUAUGGCCUAGAAUUGGAAGUUACAACUCAUAAAAAUAGCUUCCCCUGUUAUUAUCAGUGGAUCAUAGACUUUCUAGAUGCUUAAAUGAGUGUAAUCUCUUGUUGUGUUAAAAUCUGUCCAUUUAUUGAGAAACAAGGCAGAUAAUAUAUGAAUUUCAUCUGUUAAUCAAGAAAUUUUUCUAUGAACAGAUAAAAUUUAUGUACACAAGGCCCUACUGUUCCAGACCAAAAGUCCAUCUAGUCCUGAAAUUCUGCCAAGGGCUAGAUUUUUCUCAAGCAUAGCAUUGCCCAAGAACUUCAAUGCAGUAUCAGCUAAAGGAUCUCAUUUUGAAUUUACUUACAUGUUAUUCCCAAAAUUUAAACAACAAAAAAAAUCUCGUGAGAAGAAAAAUAAAUCACAAAGCUACUUAUUUGACCAAUACAAAACAAGAAUGAAAACAAUAACUAUGUGCUUUUUCCAUUUCAGAAAAGAGAUAUCUUAUUGAUAUUUGACUAAAAAGGACAAAUAAAAUAAUUGAAAUUUUUAGUUUGAACUACUAACUACUCAAAAACCCUGUAGUUUUAGGGUUUUUUUAGGGGUGGAAAAUCAUGAAGGACAUGCCAGUAAGGACUGGCCUCCUUUUGCUGUUCUGCUGUGCCUGGAGCUGAGGUGCUGUGUGUUGUACUGGAAGAGAGGAGCUUGAGGAGUAGCACUUGCACAGCCAGGUUCAUCUAAGUAAGGGGCCAGCAAGGACUGGUCAGGUAUUAGGCCAGUGUCUGCCAUUUUCCAGCUGACAAACACUUACCUGAUUCUUAAGCUGUUUGCAGGAGUGAGAACUGCAGACAGAUAUGGAAACCUGAGGGGUUGGGCCCAGGACAAACAUAUUAAAAAUAUUUUUCCUAAGCAUUAGUCCCUUGGAAACCCACACUUCAAGUUCAAACUACUCCAUUUGGCAAGAGUUUGUAGGUCAAUCACAAGUGAGAACAACUCAUCAGUAAGUGUAAAGAUAAGUGUAAAAGGAGAAAGAAGUGGAGAGUGUCACUGGUUAUAGAAUGAGCCAAAACAGGAAAGCUGUUGUUCAGUUUCUGCCUCCUGUCCUCAGAUCGUUGCAGGAAAGAGUAUGGCCCUAAUGAAUAGGGAAGAGACAGCUAAAUCCCAGCCAGAGGAGGAAGGAUUUCCCUGCACAUGCAAACACUUAAUGCUGCAGCUGUGCUGACAACUCAUGCCCCAAAUUCAGUAAAUAUUAACCUCCUCCCUUCCUCACAUAUGAAAGAAAAAUACACCUGCACAGGUGGCUGAGAGCAGCAUCCUGUGCUCCUGUGGAAACUGAAGCAGAAUUCUGAUCCCCUGAGCAGUGCUAAGGCAAUUCCCCUUUGCUAGUGAAGCAAGGGCUGCCUAAAUUUGGAAAAGGACUUACCUCUUCUGUUCCCAUGUCUCUCCAGCUGUGCUCCUGUCAGGGGUAGUUUAUACACCAGCUCUGUGUGUAGUGCACUGCAAUGUCACUUGGAAGCUUUCCCCACUGAUGCCGGAUGAGCUGCCAGUGUGCUGCAGGUGUUUCACACAAGCAGAUGGGGAACUGUGAAAGCAAGGAGGGUCAAUUCUUGCUCCACAUUUCAUUGUGCUCACAGUGGGGUUCACUCUCCUCUUCCCUUUCCCCAUCAGAUUACAUGGAGUUUUCAUUUUUAGUUCUACCAGUAUCGGUCCUGGGGAGUAGCAUCUGCACUGGCAAUAAAAAACCGUGAAAAAGUAACCACUGAGAUUGCUUAACAGAAAGGAGGAUAAUUAGUCUUCUAAAACGAAAAGACUUGCUCUUCCUCUAUCUAUAUAUCUAUAUCAAAUAUAGGCACUCCAGCCCCUAUAUACAUUUCAUAUAAUUUUCUUAUAAAUCAGAUAUGUACUGAGGUUGUUGCUGAUUUGUUUGCCAGGUUGAGGAGUUAAUGUCAUACUGCAUAAAUGGGUCAGUCAGCAUAAUUGUAUUUAGCCACUCAUACACCUGCACAUGGCUUUGUAGUUUUCCCCCUAAAUUCUGUAGCGAUAAAGUUGGAGGUACAACUCUAUUUUAAACAGUUAAUACACGGGACUGAAUGCUGAGGCCAAUUGAUAUACUUUUAGUACUCUUUUAAAGUACUUUUUUAAGGUACCUUUUAAGUACUCUUAGAUGUACUUUUUCACUUGUUCGCUCCAGCUGCUGUCCUGCCUCCUUGUACUCUGACUCCCUUGUCAGGUUAUGUGUGCAGGGUUUCAUUUCGGAUUGUGUAUUAUUAGUAAAAUUCUUAAAAAGUUGCAAUUCAUAUGUCCAGAGUGCACUAAUACAGCCAAAAAAACCCUAAUCCUGUUUAGAAUUUGGCCAUUUACUUCUAAGUAUUGAAGGCAAGAAUAUAUUGAAAAUAUUAAGGUUCUCCUUUUCAUUAUUCAGACAAACACCUACUGCUUCUUCUGACUUUUUUUCCCCAGUUGUUCUUUAAUCUCAUUAGCACAGGAAACAUCUUCCUAUGCGUGAUGACUCAUAUGCUACACCUCUGAAAACCGGACUGUUAGAUACAGGUUCCCAAAUCAAAAUUUGGCUUAUGGAAAUGCUGUUAACAUUGUAUCUCAAGAAAUAUCUAGGCUCAGUUCUUAAAUUAUGAGCCACAACAGAUGAUCCUUACAUCAGACUGUAAAUUGAGUAAAUCUGGAAAUCUCCUUGAAGUGAUAGUUAUGAAACACUAGCUUAGAGAGGUAAAAUAAAAGUAUGCUUGAAAUAUUCUGUAAUGUGGAAAAUAACAAGUCCCUGCAGCUCUAAUAAGAAGAUGUGAUAAUUCUAUAUUUGGGGCUGCUGUGGGUUCUGUGUAUUAAAAGUUUAUUUUCCUAAUCAGAGAACUUAGUAUGAUUCAGUAUAAACAUUGGAGAGGAUCUCUUAAGGAGGGUGUAUCUUCUAACUUGUCACUUUUCCAACUAUAAGAUAAAUUAGAACUACUAAUGCCUUGAAAAAGACCACAUGUUGUUGUUCAGAUGGAGAGUUUGUAUCUGUAAGAACUGUAAUAUUCUCUGAGGCAGAGAGGGGACAUGAUGGAGAGGACCACCCAGAGAAUUCCUGAUCACUGUAGGGAUUAGGAGAAAAAGUAUCCAAAAACUAGCAAUAUCUUGGGAGCAAAUGGUGUGGAAUGCAGAAAAAAAUUGUCAUAACAACUCACUGUGUCUCUAGGAGACGAUUCAAACAACAUGUAGAAAAAGAUUAUACAAAUCAGAUCAACUAAUAACUACUUUUUUGCCUGACUUUAGGUCAAAACUUCCUAGUUUAUUUGAUAACAUAAUUAAUUCCUGAGAUGUUAGAAUUAUGGUUAAUUUAAAAAUACCAUCAAUUUUAAAACUCCUAAAUAAUUGUUGCAAAUAAUAAUAAAAAAUUAUUUCACAGAUUUUAUACCACAACAAGAGCUUAUGCAGCUUUCCAGUGUGGUAUUGAGAAAGUUGUUUUAAUAGCUAAUAGAGAACUCUUAGUUUUCUUAUUUUAAUUAAGUGGGUUAUGCAGUUAAGUAUUAAAGGGAACCCAUACAUAUUUACAGAAGGUAGCCAGACCUGUAGACCUGUAAAAUUAAAUGCACAUAACUUAAUGAAAGGCAAAGAUAAGCAUAUGUUCAAUAUUUUCUGAGAUUAUGUCUGAGACUGCCAGUCAUGAAUUGUCUAACAAAACACUUAAUUUUGGACAUGCUCUUUUAAAUUGUAUUCCAGUGCUACACUGCUGUUGAAGCUUUUUUAACUAUUUAAAAAGAAAAGAUGUCUUAUCGUAACAACUUUCCUGUUGCAUUAGAGCAAAACAUAAUUUAAGGGUUAACAAGUGUCAAGAAGCUGUGAAUUUAAUACAGGUAGAAAGAGACAGAUACAGGGAAUACAGUGUGCCAGGAAGGACACUUUCCAUCUUUUGACAAAGCAAGUAUUAAUACUGUCAGCUGAUAUGGUGAACCUGAUGGAUGAGCAGCCUAACCCAACAUUGCAAACAUGAGUUCCCUUCCAAGUUAUAUUGUAGGGGAAGUAUCCAUCCUAAUUUGUUCAACUUGUAUUUCAGAGCACAAAGAAUAAAAUAGUUAUUCUUCCUUUUAUGAAGACCACUGUGAUAUAUUGCAUCUGAGCAAAUGCUCAAAACCAACUUACAGAUCCCUGUGAGCAUAAAUUUAAUUGAUAAUGACAAUAGAUAUUACAUUGUGUAAUUUCACUGAGUUAUAAUACUGCAGAUGGUAACAAUUUAUUGAUAUAGCGAAAGAAGUUCAUUUAGCAUUUACUGCAUAAAAUGAAGUAUCUCUCCAUAGUUGCAGUAUUUCCUAAUGUAUUCUCCUUGAAAUCAGUUUGAUAUUUCGGAGUUGGGCACUUAAAAUGAACAAUACAAUAAAUGUAAGUAUUAAAUAUCUAACUGGCAAGUUAGAGUCAUUUUCCAUUUAAUUUUUUAUGAUAUAUUUGUGUUACAUUAUCAGGGUAUGCCUGUGAUAUUUUGAGGAAUGAUGUCAGCUUGCUGUGCCAGCUCUGCCUCUGUUGGAUCAGAGCCACGGUAGGAUGGCCCUCGGAGAGCUAACUCCUUCUGUGUGGCCGUAGGAGAGCUAAUUCCUGUUCUGUGGUUCCUGUCUGGCUCAGAUAAAGCUCAAAUCUGCUUGAAAUAUACCAUGGUGACAUAUCAUCCUCUUCACACUGUAGACCUAGCUCUUGUGGGACAGUCAUUACACCUUAUUAAAAGAACUUGCUAAAAAAUUGAAACCACAUCCUUGCAACAGGAGAAAUUAUGAGGAAAACAAUAAUAUGGAAAUCCGAACAUCUUCAAAGAAGCGUUAUACAGUCACAUGUAAUAUACCUGACCAAUGUUUCUUAUAAAUAGUAAAUGUGGUCUCAACAAGCCUAUAGCUGUGUUCAUGAAAAACCUGUUUUCCUGCCUAUAUGCAAUUUGCCUCUUACUUUCUUACCUUAACUUGAAAGUAGCUUUUUGUCUUCUUUGACAGAGCUACUGCAGUUUGCACAUUCAUCUUUGAAGCACAAGGCACUCUUGCAGUAGCCUUCUUCACGUUCUGGGUACAAUUGACAGCAAAAACCUCAGCAUCAGUUUCUCAUCAGCCAAAACCAAUCUCAUUCAAAAAUGGUCUUUAAAUUUGCUGGCUUGUUCUGUGAAACAAUCUGACCAGCUGGCAGUGCAGGUGUUUAAGCGUGAGGACUUCCUGUGGUUUAAGAUUUCACAGGCUCCAGUUGGUGCCCCUAGUUACUUGAGGGUGAUGUGGCAACACUGAGUGGUUGCUGAUGAACAGGUUUGCAGUGAUCAUGCCUCUGUUUUCUGUUUUUGUUUUUUGUUUUUAUCUUUUCCUCAGGGGAAAUCGCUCACAUCAAAGAGGUUAACCAGUCUAGUGCAGUCCUACUAAAAGGAUCACCUUGUAGCAUGGAAGCAGACUCAAAUCAUUAUACAUACUUUGUAGCUCACUGAUUGCCUGACUCAGAGGACAGUAGAACAAGAUGUUGCAUGAGCAAGGACCUGACUUGUUUUCUUUUGUGUAUACUAAGGCAUUACAGACUCCGAGGGACUCUCUAGCCUUUCGAUGCCUCCAUUUCGAAAACUGUCUGCUCACUUCCUCCUUCAUAUCAAGCUGGAUCUGUGUCUUUUUAUUUUCUGCAAGCUCAAGUACAGUGAAAAAAAAGCUUCUGCUAGGCACAGUUUAUUUAAAAAAAUACGUCAAUCAAAAACUGGAAGAAAUGUAAAAAAUGCAUAUAUUAAUAAAUAUACAUAUGGCAUCACAUUUAUUGCACAAUAAAUUAGCACAGAAGGUUUCAUUUCACUGAUGUAUUCACAUUGAGAAAGAAAGCCUGUGUCUUUGUCUGUUGUCUGUAUAUUCUCUGUUAAUGUUUCUUGCAUUUAUUUUUAUACCAUAUUUAAAAAAGAACACCUUUUACUCCAGAUGUAUUAAAGUUGAUCCUUUCUCUGUAAAUUUGUGUAUGUUUAUAUUGUUGUUUUAUCUUUCAUUAAAAGAUGCAGAAUCUCUUUCCUUUGGGAAGUUUGAGAUUUUAAUAUUGAAUCUGAAGAUUAGUCAAGAGCAAAAUGAUCCCCAAAAGUUACACACCUUGUGCUUUCUAAAAAGGUGACAUGAAAUGGCAUUUUCUUUCUCUCAGUGACACCUAAUCAAGCACACUUUAUUGCUAAUCAUUUACUUUUUCUUUUCUCUUUAUCAAGCUAGCAGCAGAGAGAUUUUCCAGCUUGCUCAUCAUCUCAUAAGCAAACCUUUCUUGAAGCUAGACCCAUUCUAUAAUAGUACAGUCUGCGCAGCAAUUCAGUCGCUACCCCAGACCAGAUGAACUGAACUGCAUUUCCUUAGGAACAGACAUGAAACAAUUCUGCCCAAGAACACAAGAGUAUACUUGCUGAAUAGGAAGGGCAGUGUUUCUUUCUUCUUGUUGUCACCUGUGAUACAAAGCAACAUUUUAAGCUGAAAAGGUAGUACUAAGUAUACAGUCUGUAGUGUAAACCUCCAGUAGUAAUGCAGGAGGCUAUCAUUUUAAUUCAGGGGCUCUGUUUGGGUGUGCUGUUGUACGUCCACUGCUGAGGUUACUCACGCAGAGUUCUGUUGACAGGUUUAUGAGCGCAUGCAGAUGUUGCCCAUGAGACAGCAGAUAUGGAGCUUCUGAAGCUAAUCUGAGCUGGAACCAGAAAUCUCUGCUCAGCCUAAAAAACAACACUUUCAACUGAUAGAGGUGGCAUAAGGAUACUGGUCAGAAAUUCUGAGUAGAAAAGCAAAGAUGGGAACUAAGUCAAAUGAUAAAAUGCUGAUACCUCCAGGGCAUCAUAGGGCGCACAGGACAAACAAGCCUUUUUAGCAAUGCACAGAAUAGACUCAGGAAAGCCAACUCUAGUACCAUCUGUCAUGAUGACUUUGGUUUGAUAUUGAGAAAUGCAAUCUUGUUUUGAAGGGACUACCGACCCUAAAAAUGUGCACACACACACACACAGUGGGACAGUCAUAGAUACAAGCAGACAAUCAGUUUGAAUGCACUAAUACCGGAGUAAUCUCAUUUAACAUCCGAUACCUGUCUGCAUUGUUGCCACUAAGGACAGGACUCCUGCACAGACCAGCAAUGGGCAGAAGGGAGUUGAGCUACCUUCUGCCUCACUUCUCCACUGGCUCUGUCAGUAGCCUUGUGCAGCCGUAGCCAUGAAUGCAGCAUCUUUAAAGAGGCAGUCUGAGUGAAACCAGUACAAAAGGCAUUAUAAAUCACCAUGAAUGGCUUUUCUCCAUGUUCUGCUCAGAUGAGGUUUCUUGAGGUUUGGGAUUUCUGUUUGUUCUUUGUUUUCACAUGCCACUGUGUUUCUGGUUUCUAGAUAGGAUGACAAUCACUGCUUUAAAGUGUCUCCAUUUUUGUUAGCACAAUUCUACUAAGGUUUUAUGGAAAUGCCCCAGAGUUUGAUUUUAUCAAGAGCUCCAUCUAGGUCAACUUAAAAUGUUCAAAACCUAGGGAGGUCAGAUGAAUUUUAAUAAACAGCCACACUGAAUCCCAGAUCUUAAGCUUUGAGAUUUAAUUUUACCACAGAAAUGUGAGCUCUGAGGCAAUGAACUUGGGGCCAGGCAAUCAACAGAAAUUUGAGCUCUGUUUCACUUCUCAGUGCCAAAUAGAGAUAUUUAUUUCCAAACUCCCACUGCCACCAAUUGCAUCGACUGGUAUAUUGCCUGCUUUGCCUUCACAGUUAACCAAUUAGAUACCAGUGUUUGCUUCAAAUAAUGACUUCCUUCAAAUAGCUAACAUUUCAAAUUCAAGCAUUAGGCAUUUCAUGCAACUUCAUCCUAAGAAUUUUUUUUUUAAAUCACUUUGCAACACUAACUGGUUGAUAAAAAGAUGUGGAGCAUUUGUAUUCCUGAACCCAUUCUGUAUUUAUUGUAGUUCUUUCCUGUCAUAGUUUAGCUCCAGCUAGCAAAUAAGUACAACACAGCUGUUUAUUCACACACUUGUACCUCCAAUGGGAUUGGGAGGAGAAGAGGAAAAAGAUAAAACUCAUUGGUUAAGAUAAGAACAGUUUAAUAAUUGAAUUAAUUUAUAAUAAUAAUAGUAAUCAUAAUGAAAAUGAGAGAGGGAGGAAUAAAAGCCAAGACAGACAAGUGAUGCACAAUGCAAUUUCUCACCACCCACUGACUGAUGACAAGCCUGUUCCUGAGCAGCGAUCAUGCCCUCCUGGCCAACUGUACCCAGUUUAUAUACUGAGCAUGAUGUUCUGUGGUAUGGAAUAUCCCUUUCACCAGCUGGGGUCAGCUGCCCUGACCAUUCUCUCUCCCAGCUUCUUGUGCACCUGCUCCCUGGCAGAGCAUGGGGAACUGAAAAACCCUUCACUUAGGGUAAUCCCUGCUCCACAACAGCGAAAGCAUCAGUGUGUUAUCAACAUUAUUCUCAUACUAAAUCCAAAUGACAGCACUGCACCAGCUACUUGGAAGAAAGUGAAAUCUAUCCCAGCCAAAGCCAGGACAUUUUUUUUCAAUAAAUAUGAAGUCUGUAUUGAAUGGUUGUCUUUCCCUGUUUUGCCCAGGAUUUAACGUGAUGAUUGUAAAGUAAAACCAAGCACUAGUAAUAAGGAUUUCAAAGUAGUCAGGGAGCAGUAUUAAGGUUUCAUUUGAGCUUAGUUCCAAGUGAUACAACUCCACCAUCACACAUGAAUGAAUUUGGCCCAAACAAGAUCAAUCCUACAACUAGAUGAUUUUUAAAAGGUUUAUCUGCAAUGUUAUGAUGCUUUAUCUGUUCACUGUCAUCUGCCAUUAGAAUAGACUUGGACUGGAAACUCCAAGUGGCACAAACUUCCUUUUACUUACCCACAGAGAAAACCUAAAUGUUUGUUUCCAAAUUUCACAAAGAUCCACUUCAAAGAAUUAAGAUUAACUCAGAUUAAGGUAUGCUUGUACAAUGACCAAAUAGCUGAAGUAUGACUGGUUACACAACAAUUUACCAUUAGGGAUUUCAUUGAGGCCACAAAUCUGUAGAGAAAUAAAGGACCAAGAGCGAAAAUCCAUAUGAAGAGACCGUAUUUCUUGUCUUCUAGGGAAGAGCCAUCAGUCAGUGCCUCCUGACUCUGUCCAGGAAGCUGAAAACACCCUCAUGUGAGAUAUUAAUUGCAAUAUUCCUUAAAAUAACCCCUUGGAGCUCAGAACUUCCAUCUGAGACUUGGGCUUCAUUAGACAGUCUCUCUUCUCAUGCAUCCUUGCUCAUAAAACAGCUCUUAAGCCUACAGGGGAAAGAAGUGUUUGAUGGUGCUGCUGUACACUUCAGACGGUUUUGUGCUCCCAGACCAACCUGUGAAGAAAAAUGGCUGGCGGGAGAGGGAGAAGCUAUCCUGGCACCUAACUGACAACAGCAGAAUAUUUGCCCAUUCUUCUGUGAGGUGCAAUUAGAAACUGUUCUUCAAGCCUACAAAACCAAAGAUGGAUGAAAAAGGUCUUAAAACAGUGAUAAAUUGUGAAAUGCUAAGCUGAAACAGUAGUGGAGACUGGCCAAAAGUUAAUGAGCUGAAGGUGAAUACAAGACUAAGAAAUAGGAAUUAAUUGUUGUGACCAGAACAGAACCGACAAGGGAGGAGUACUGGAGAGCAAUUAGGAGCAAGAGAGGCAGAAUGAAGCUGGUGGAUUGCCAGCCUGUUGGCCACAGUCGUAGUGAGUUGGAAUUAAAACCCGGGAAAUCAGGCAAGAUCAACUGUGACUGGUCUUUUAAAACACAACAACUACAUUUUUUUUCAGCUAAAAAGCAAUAAUGUACAAGCAAUAAUACCAAAUUUCUGGAGUUGCCUUUUUCAAAUUGCACCUCUAAUAUUGUCUGAAAUCAUGAGACAUAAAUGCCAAAUAAUCCCCUAAGAAAUAACAAAUAGGAGGGCAACAACCAGCACCAGAAACAAGACCAAAGCGAGGAAUGCAUUUAAGAUGUUUAUUUAUUUAAAAAAAAAUUAAAAAAAAAAAUUAAACCAAAGUAGACCAGCAAAGGGAGAGAAGGCUGUUUUCUAUAGGUAACUGGAAUUAGGAGUUGGGAAAGCCAGUGAUUUAUUUGUGGCUCUUCCAAUUAUUUAUUUUUAUGCAUAGUGAAUAACAGCUGUUUGAAUUUAUAUUUUUAAAUUGUCAUAUUUUUUAUGUCCCUUCUAGCUGAAGAUUUUGUGCAUAGAACUAACACUGGUCUUAUUAACAUAGGUGCAUAAAACACAGGAAUUUUACUAAAGGAAAUUUAAUAGCUACAGGGACUUAAAUAAAAUAAGGCUCUAAUUCCAACAAGUUCAAGGGAAAUUAUCAACAAAUUCUUUGAACAUAUUCUGUGUCCACAAUUCAUUUAAGCAAGUUGCUAAGUGGUUGUGACUCACACCAGUCUGCUGUUUGAUCUCACUGCUGAACAGACUGCUUUUGUCUCCUGAGUUGAAAAUAGGCGGAAGUCCCAAUAUUAAAGAGGUGAAGUGGAAGAGAAGAUGAUUUCUCUGAGACUGGAUUCCCCCUCCUCAUGAUAUUUCAGACUGGGGAGUCCUCAAAUGACAUGUGUACAACUAAAUGGGUUUUGUUUUUAUAGACAUCGACUGGAGGGCUGCAGAGUCUCUCCAGACAGUCAUUAUCUCUACAAAGAAAACUACAAACUUUUUUUUUCUAAUAUCUAAACUAAAUCUUUGCUUUGAUUUAUCCCUUUAUUUUUGACCAGGCUGCUACAGUCACUAUUAUAAUAUGUUCCCAACAUAAAUGGACAUUUUAACAUUACAGUCUCCUUUGGUUUUCUUACUGGUGUUUUCUGAAGUGCUGAGUGACUUCAUCGCUCCAACUUUCUUGGAGGAUGGUGCCCAGAUCCCUUGCAAUCUAACGUAGAUGAUCAUUCCCCUUUGUGUAUAGCUGACUCUUCUUGGGUCAGUCCAUCAGUUAUCAUCCUCAUUUUUCAGACCAUCUUUAUCUUUUCCCAAGGGUAAUUUUUUUUUCAUUCUACCUGUACAAUACUUGCAGUCCUUUUAUAUACAGGUAUCUUUAUGUGUGGGUGAGAGUGAGGAAUCUGCUGGCCUGAUUCUUUAACACAAACACUUGAAUGAGAGUGAGUACCAUCAUCACUAUUUGCUGUAAGGGAUCUGUAUGUGUAAAUUGUAAAGAAAAAUUGUCCUUAUAAUAAACUCUGAGAACCUGCUCAAAUGCUAGAUGAUAGUCCUUAUUUACAAGUGUGAACAUGGACAGUAAAUAUCAAACAAUAUUAAGACACGAUUGUAAAUGUUACCUUGUUAGUGGCAUUUGCACAAUUUUUAUUGUAUUUUUUCUUUGCUCCAAAAAUAUAUUCUGCUGCACUCACCUUCAUUGGCUCUCUUUUUGAUUUGACUAGAUUUUGAAAUCUCUUGUUAGAUUCAUCACAGCUGUCAGCUUUCAAAAGGGGUACUAUUUCCCACCCUUCCUCUUAACCUUGCAGCUGCUCCUUCAGCACGCGUAUCACAUAAAUGAGGCAUUUCAUUAUGCAUUUAUCUUGUCUAUCCAUCUUUUUAUUCCUUUACCCCUUUCCCUUAAAAGAUGAGUGGAAAUGGCAUAUUUAAUGUAACUUACUUUUCUACCUUUUCGCUGAGAGGAAUGUGUAACCUGAAAUCUAUGACCUUUUUUCAGUUAAUCUCUUUUGAUGCACUGUUCUUUAUAGAAGUUUUCUUUUAGAUUCUCUUUCUUCUCUCCCCCUCCCCCUCAGGAACAUCUUUUUUAAGAUUCUCUGUCUUUUAUGGUUCUUUUCCUUUGUUCCUCUGAUCUUUGCUCCAUUGAUCCCUCCCUCAUGGUCUUAUGGUGCCCACUAAUGCUCUUUAUAUUCAUCUUCUCUGUUCCUUCUUGGAAUUGAAAGAAAUUAGAAUAAAA